AUGGAGGCAUUGGAUUUGUUCGGCCCUGUGGAACUUUUCUUCGGAGGGGCGGCUCGCAUGCAAGCACCCAGAUGCCAAGUGGAGAGUGUUGACUUCAAGCUGUGUGGCGGGGAGAUGCACUUCGAAGUUUUAGGUGUGGAAAUCGGAAACUUGGCUCCCUGCAUGAGCGACUGGAUGCUCCGCGUCAAAUGCGUGAACUUCGUGGUCAACCUGACGAGUUUCAUGAAAUCAGGACUCGACCAGCUUGUCAUAGAGGAGCUGACGUUGGUUGGCCUGGAGGUCACAGUGGAAAAGAGGCGAAAUUCCAUGGACAAUGUGGAGGAGCUCCUGGACAAAAUCCCACACAACGCGGCAGGAGGAAACUAUCCGAACGAGGGAAAGCUUCUCAUCAAGAAGACGCAAGCCCAUAACAUGGUUGUUCACUUGGUUCUUCCGAUGCCUGACGACGAGCCCUGCACCCUGUCCUUAAUGGGUCCAUCGAUCCACAGCACCGACCUCUCAGAGAGCCGCGGCGAAGCUGACCGUAUGAUCCAGCUGUUGCUGAAAGAGAUCUUCGGCUCUGCUAGCCGAGUCGUGUCAGAUCCGGCCAAAGACAGCGCAAGCUCUGCAGGAUCGCACCUCGGUAGAGCCAGGAGCACUUCCAAUGCAGGAGCUUCAAAAGGGAGCACACUGCAUGGAAUUGUGCAAUAUUCGCUCGAUUCUUUGUGUUUCUUCUCUGCGGAUGUUUAUGGUUUCUUCCAGCACUGGCUCCCUUCCAAGUAG